UCCCCGCCGGAUUGGGCGCCGCGGCUCCCUCGGCCGAUCCAGGAUGGCGGCGCCCAGUGGAGCCGCGAGCUGCGAGGACUUCGCCGAGUUCCAGGAGCUGCUCAGGGUGAUGAGGACAAUCGAUGAUAGAAUUGUUCAUGAAUUAAACACUACGAUUCCAACAGCUUCCUUUGUGGGGAAAGUUGAUCCUGGCCAGACGUGUAAAGAGCUGUACGAGUCUUUGAUGGAUGCUCACACCAAGAGAGAAAGAAUCAUUAAAAACUGCAUCUCUCAGACUUCUGCUGUAGUGAAAACCCUCAAAGAAGAGAGGGAAAAGGCCCAUGAAGAUGCAGCAUUAUUAAAGCAACUCAGGAAAGAGCAGACAAAGUUGAAAUUGAUGCAGUCGGAGCUCAAUGUUGAAGAAGUGGUAAACGACAGAAGCUGGAAGGUAUUUAAUGAGAGGUGCCGAAUUCACUACAAGCCUCCGAAGAGUCAAUGAUGAUGUGAGGCAUUUUCCAUCAAGGUGGUCCAUAACUGUGAGAGCCAAACUGGAAAGAGACCUUGGGUGAGCUGAAUUGGGACCCUCCAGAACCAGUAGAACCCAGUCUUGUUUUGUUUUGGACCUACUUAGCUGAAUUCUCAAGCUUGAAAUGAUCCUCCUGUAAUUAAGAGAAAACAACUAAUCUUUUGUACAAAAUAUGUGAACAAAUGAGUUUUAUAGUAUUAAAACAAUUUUCAAUCGGAAUGCAAAACUGGCAUCUUUCUUGAACUUCCACAGCUUCAGUGAUCCCAGAGGGGAAGAAAGAGUAAAACCUAUCCUGAGCAGGGAGGAGAAGGCUCUCCCUGAACUGGUGCCUGCUAAA